AUGGCACGGAAAUUUAGUACAGAAGACAUUGUAUCGCAAAAUCUUAUUAAAUCGUCAGUACAGAGGAGUAUAAAGCUGGCGCUAACCAGUUUCCUUUGUUCAGGGGUACCAUCGACGCGGUGUUGCCGAAAAGGGGGCAAAUUAUUCUGGCAAAAUGAUCCAGAGAUGAUGCCCAAGAUGCAGGUGGAUAAGGGCGCUCUAAAAUUUAUCCUCAGAGGAUCAAACGUCAUGUGCCCCGGGUUGACGUCAGAGGGGGGCGCCAUGGACGAUGUCAAUCGAGGCGAAGUAGUUGUUGGUUUAACGUGGCGCGCCUCCCCAACUCCUAAUAGCAGAUAG